UGUUUUUUAACUUUGUAUCACAAGGAACAUAGAGUGAAGAAAGUAAAAGAAAUGAACCCAAAUCCUCCCGUGUUCAGAGAAUGCACUUUUGGCUGAAAGGAGUUCUAUAAGUGGGCAAGACAAUCCAUCUGUUGGUAAUGGCUAUCUUCUGGAAUGGACAGAGAAGAUGGGUUCUAACACGUUUCCAUCUCAAGAAGUGCACUCCAAGAUUGCUGAUAUUGAAGACACUGCUCGUACAAGAUGUCGAAGGGUGUAUGCUCAUGCUCAUGAUUUUAGCAUCAACUCCAUCUCAACUAAUAGUGAUGGUGAGACAUUUAUCUCUGCAGAUGACCUCAGAAUAAACUUGUGGAACAUUGAGAUUAGUAAUCAGUGUUUCAAUAUCAUUGACAUGAAGCCAUCAAACAUGGAGGACCUUACUGAGGUCAUAACAUCGGCUGAAUUCCAUCCGCUUCACUGUAAUUUGCUUAAAUACAGAAGCUCAAGAGGUUUUAUUCAUCUAGUUGACAUGCGGUGUUCAGCAUUAUGUGAUCACAGUGCAAUCCUAUUACAAGAUGGAGGAUCCCAUGGGUUUAAAUCAUUUUUUACAGAGAUCAUCGCAUCCAUCUCUGAUAUAAAGUUUUCAAAUGAUGGGCGGCAUAUAUAUCUUAAGUUGUGAUUAUAUGAAUCUAAAGGUCUUUCUCUUAUCACUAAAUUGAGCAUGACCCCUUCAAUUCCAAAUCUCCCUUUUUUAGAAUCUCGUCUGUGUUACAUUUAUUCUAUCAAUAGAUUUAGGAGAUUAUAUGAUCAUAAGUCUCCAUCAUAAUCAAUUUUUUUUUGAGGCAUGAUUGCAAAAAAAUUUCUUUUAUAUAUAGUUAUUAGACCUCAUCUUCUUCUGUUUAGGUAUGAUUUGACAAGUCUAUGGACAACCACUUUAGUUUGGGGACACAAAACCUUUUCUUUUAAGUAAGAAAGAUUAUUUAUUGACUUCUUAUUUUAUUUUGAUUCGUUAUUUUAACAUGAGCAUGCACAUAAUAGAUUUUAUAUUGACUAAAGAACACUAUUUGUGUUCCUCAUGACUGUAUUUUUGUUCCUCAUUCCUUUACACCUAGUUUUCUAAUUUCUUGCCUGCUAUCUUUAUGUUCAUUUUAGUUUAUGUUAAUAUUUUUCAUAUAUUGUGAUUAAAAGACACGGUCCUUAGGUUCAUGACACUUCGUUGAUGAUCUGUAUUUCAACUAAUUUGAUGGCAAAUACAUCUUCUGGUUUUUGUCCUCUAGAUAACCACCUCAAAGAGAACCUAGUAGUUCACUACCUUGUACAUAUAUUUGAUUAGGAAAAAAAAAGGCAUAUAUUUGGUUGUGAUGUCAGCAAUGAGCACAAGAGAGGGGCGACCAAACUCCAUAAUUUCUCUGUCAAGCUAUGGUGCUUCCCGCUUCUACUUUGGUGGAUUCUCAUUCCGAUAGGACAAAUGAAAGGCAUCCUAGGGUCAAAGCGAGAAUCUCGGCAGAAUCAAGUGGUCCUGGGCAUCUCGACUUCGUUGGUAAAGGCUCGAACCCGAUGUUGUCUAAGCCGGAGGGCCUGUCUAUGGUUGAUCAUCAUCCCCAAUCCCUUUAUUGUCCUCAGUGGGAGGAUCCAAAUCGAUUUUCUCCCUUGUCUAACUUGGAUAUGGAGGUAGAUCUUUGUUCAGAGGAGGAAGCCUUAACGGAAGCUCCAGGUGUGCGACAAACAGGGGAGUAUCUCCCAAGCAGGUAUGGUGUUGCCGGGUGCUGUUGGUAUAGAUGGUGUACAAUAUGGUGAGUUCGAGCUUUUGUAUCUAACAUGGGAUUAGAGUGGGGUUGACACUAGUGGUAAUGUCAGUAGGGAGAAAGAGCCAUGUCCUCUGGAGUGCGUACCAUUGUCUCGAUGGGAUCCUAGUGUAUCCAAGGAUACGCUGUUGACCCUAGUUGAUGAAGAAGGUGAGUUAGAGGCGACAAAGGUGGAGCAUUCAAAAUGGGUGUCCACGAUGACGAAAAGUUUUUGUAAAAUGGUGGGUUUUUCCUAUUGUAAGACAUGAAGCUCAGUGCAUGGCAUUGUUCCGGUUACUAGAAUAAGAAUGUCUUGAGGUUGUUAAUGAUAGGGGUAUUUAGAGACCUGUUAAAUCUAGUCAGAAAGGUCUUAGGGAACUUUGGGGAUUGAUAUCCAUAGUAAAUUAUGAUGGUUCUUCUUCUUGUAAUAAAGGAUCGUCAAAUGGUUGGGGGCUAUUGGUAGUUUUAAAUGAAUUUAAGACUUGUAUCUUGAAAUGUUAGGGGUUUAAUAACUCUCGAAAGAGAGAGGCAUGUAAAAAUCUUCUAAAGGA